GGCUGUAACCAUAGUAACAAAUUUUUCAGAUGAUAAUAGAAACAAAACACUGGAACGAUGUUAAUAUCUACUGUACAGCCAGUUUUCAAACUGGAAUUAAAUCAUAAAGUCACACCAAAUAUAGUGACUAUUGCUAAAUAUGACGGAACACACCCUUGCCUAACUGCUUCCGCCGGAUAUGACAAAAUAAUCAUCCACCACCCUCACAGCGGAGUCAUAAGUGGAAGAGCGCAGAGGUCCGAAGCGCACGGGGAGGUUUCCGAACUGAAUCUGAGCCAAGCCGUCAUAGCACUGGCGGCUGGGCCCCUCAAGCCUGACUGCAAUAGAGACAUGCUUUUGAUUGGAUCACCUUCACAGAUUUUGGCAUACGAUGUGCACGACAACGCAGACUUGUUCUUCAAAGAGGCUGCCGACGGCGUGAACGUGAUAGUAGCCGGCACAUUCGGCAAGCACGCGGAGACACUGGCCAUAGUGGGUGGCAACAGCUCCGUGCUCGGCCUCACGUGGCAGGGGAAUGAGGUCUUCUGGAAUGUCGUCAGCGGGAAAGUGUGUUCUAUGCUCUGUUUUGACUUCGAUAAGGAUGGGGAGAAUGAGCUGCUUCUAGGCUGUGAGGACUCGUACAUCCGAGUUUUAAAGAACAACCAGUUCGUCCUGGAGCUGGCGGAGACGGGCCCGGUGCUGAGCCUGGCGCAGGUGUCGGACGUGCGGUUCGCGUACGGACUGGGGAACGGCACCAUCGGGAUCUAUGAGGAGGGGAUACGCUUGUGGCGGGUGAAGUCGAAACAAAACGCGCUAUCCCUCCAAUGGUCGGGCGACUCCCUAGCCUGCUGCUGGAGCAACGGGCGCGUGGACUGGCGCGACGGCGGCUCGGGGCGGGUGCUGCGGCGCGUGCAGAUGAGGGCCGCCGCCGCCGCCAUGUUGCUGGCUGACUACCGCUCUGUGGGCGCGCCGGAUCUGGUCUGUGUGUCGGAUAAGGGCGAAGUGCUCGGCUUCCCCCCAUACCAAGAAGCCACGGGGUUCAACGCUUCAUCUAAAACCAAAUUACCCUCCGAAGAAGACCGGCUGGCCAUCACUGAACUCUUCAACCGGAAGCAGGCGCUGCUGGUGGAACUGCAGCACUACGAGGCCAACGCGGCGGGCGCGCAGGGCCUGAGCAGUCUGGAGCGCGAGGCCACCGCCAUGCCCACUAACACCAGGCUGCAUGUCGGUGUUACUACGUUGCUGCCUGAGGGUGUCCUAGACCUAUCAGUCUCAACGAACAACGACACGAUAGUCCGUGCGGCAUUAGUCCUGGCCGAGGGAGUGUUCAGCUCGGGGGAGACGAUGGCGUGUCACCCGGCGAGUGCGCGCUUACGGAGCCACCUGCAGGUCGCGUUGAGGCCACCGAGGGAUGUGCCCAUUGAUGUUCAUAUUAAGGCUUUAGUUGGAUAUGCAGACAGUGAGCAAUUCCACAUAUUUGAGCUGACCAAGCAACUCCCGAGAUUCUGCAUGUACACCCUGGUGGCUCCAAGUACCUCCAGGCCACAGCUGGACAGCUAUGUCACUUUCCACAUCACUGAGAGAGUGCAGAGGAUAUGCAUCUGGAUCAACCAGAAUUUCCUUCUAGAAGAAGAGGUCCAGGUUGAUACCGAGGAGACCAAAGAGCUCCAUGUCGGCUUCAACUGUCUGAGAGAUAAAGGAAAACUGUACAUGGACUUUGAAUCAGAUGGGCAAGUCAAGAUUUCUACACCAGAUAUAAGAUUAGCUGGCGAUUUGAUUCAGAGCUUGGCUAUUUAUCUCAAUUUGAUAGACUUGCAGUCUACAGCAAAUUUUCCGGAUGCUGAACAGAAACUUCGUGAUGAGAUGGCAUAUGCGUCUGAAGUAGGAGAAAUGAGGUCACGUUUGGCUGCAGAAACGGCAGAGAGAGCUCAGCUUAUUACAGCCUUGUUACCGGCAGCUCAAGACGCGUCCAAUCAUGACUUGAAAGAAAUGAUAAACAGAUACAAAGAGGUGAUUAUGCUGAAUGAAGAACUCCUUACAGGAUGCCACAUUCGCCGUUCUGCACAGGAACAAGCAGUUUCCCAACUAAAAAGUUUGCACACAAUCUUACAGCAGGCGGCAAGACUUCGAGUUGGCAAAUACAGUAAAGCGGUUGUAGCGGCCAGCAGAAAAGCUGUGAAGGACAAUAAUAUCGACGCGCUCAUAAAAGUUCUGCAAGUUGGAGAUUCAUAAUAAAAUUAAACAGAAGUAGAGAAAAAUAUUUUAUAUUUUUAUCACAAUCACAAAUUUAAAAUGUCACUUAAAUUUAAUAAUU